UGCCGACUGCCCGGAAGGCCCGGCGGGCGACGCGGAAGAGGCGAGAGCGGGGACCCCGGGAUUUCCUGGAGAAAGACUACCUGUCCCCACCUCCCGCAAGACACCCCACCCCUUCCUGGCCUCGACCCUUGGCUUUUCGGUUCUUUCCCCUGGAAGGUCCCUAAGAGGAGUGGCGCGACUACUACCCUCCCUGAGCGCCUUCUCUCUGCCAGGCGCUGUGCUGGGCUCCGGAUUUUGCACGGGAAAGGACCUCGGCCCUGUCGUGAGGCACCUACAGCCUGAGUACCAGAGCAGCUCAUAAGGGCAAAAGUGCUGUUUCUUUAACUUGGAAAGAUAAGAGCUGAACUUGGAAAGAUAACUUGGCUAUGGUUCUACCUUUUUAAGCAAAAGCACUGUCAGUUUGUGUACUGUGAGGGCUUGUGUGUUGCUGUGAUGCUGGAAGCUAUGCCACUGGUAUUCAAAUACCAGCAGGGUCACCCAUGGCGGACAAGUUUCAGCUGAGCUUCCAGUCUAAGACAGACUAGGAAGAAGGACCCCGCAGCCUACUUCUGAAAAGAAUUAGCUAGUGAAAACCUUAUGAAUAGCCGUGGAACACUGUCUGAUGUAGUGCCGGAAGAUGAACCUCUCAACAGUGGGCUCAAGCAUAGCAACAAUUGUGAGGAUGGGGCAGUACCGGGCAGUGUUUCCUUCUGUUGUGCAUAGGGUCGUGAUGAGUCACAACUGACUGUACUGCACCUAACAAUAACAACAACACUGUUGUGAUAGCCCUUGAAAACACAGCAUUUUCAGUGAUAUCAUUCAGAGAAUCCAAGUUGUUAGGAAUCCCAGGGACCCUUGAUCCCUCUCCCACCUGGCUCAUUGCUCACCCACAGAGGUAAAAAGGAAUUCUUCCUCCUAGGAACUGGGGACACCACUCUGUAGAAUGUUCCUGCUGAGGCUGCUGUGCCAAUAGAUCAUGGUGGUUAAGAUCUAGAUCUGUGGAAUUAUACAGGACCUGGCUUAAGCACAAGCUUCAUUACAACCAGCUGUGUUGGCUUUCUAAACCUCACUCUACUCAUAGAAAAUAGGGGUAAUAAUCAUAUCCUCCUUAAACACUUAGGAGAAUUAAGUGAGAGGGCCUAUGAGGACUAGUGCCUGGUCCUUAGCUGUUAUCUGCCAGACACUAAACUCUGUGAGGGCAGGGAUUGGACCUGCUAUAUCCCUGGUCUUUGGCACAUGGUGGUUGUUAUUAUUGUUAGGUGGCGCCGAGUCAGUUCCAACUCAUAGUGACCCUGUGCACAACAGAAUGAAACACUGCCUGGUCCUGCGCCAUCCCCACAAUUGGUGCUAUGCUUGAGCCCGUUGUUGCAGCCACUGUGUCAAUCCAUCUCAUUGAGGGUCUUCCUUUUUUUCUCUGACCCUCUACCAAGCAUGACGUCCUUCUCCAGGGACUCAUCCCUCCUGAUAACAUGUCCAAAGUAUGUGAGACAAAGUCUUACCCUCCUUGCUUCUAAGGAGCAUUCUGGUUGUACUUCUUCCUGGGCACAUGGUCUACAGGUGUGCCUGCAGGUUCAAGCGCUGCCUCUGGCAGUAAUCGAAGACUGCAGCAGACACAAAACCAAGUGGAUGAGGUGGUGGACAUCAUGCGUGUCAACGUGGACAAGGUAUUGGAAAGAGAUCAAAAGCUUUCUGAGCUAGACGAUCGUGCAGACGCGCUGCAGGCAGGAGCAUCCCAGUUUGAAACAAGUGCUGCCAAGUUGAAGAGGAAAUAUUGGUGGAAGAAUUGCAAGGAGUUUCUCAGCACAGGGAUCCCCGAUCCAAAGACAUGCUGGCUCUUCUUCCUUGGUGAUGAUGUGGGCAAUUGGGAUUACCAUUGUGGUUAUCUUCAUCAUCAUCAUCAUCGUGUGGAGUCUUUCUCCAUGAAUAUCCCGUGAAACUCAAGUCUGCUGUCCAAGAAGCCUCUCUAAGACUUUUGACUUACAACCUGCUAUGUUAUCAAGCUUAUCUACUGUUAUUUCUAAAAUGAUUAUUUUUUGGUUAGUUAAUGUAAAGUUUGAUUUCUAUGAAAUGUGCCUCUGUUUUUUUAAUAUGCACUCGAAACUAGAACUGUGGUCGGUCCAGCCCACAUUUUGUACAGUGUCCUUACAAAUUUACAUACGGGCUGAUGAAGAGGACUUCUAAAGUUGCAAAGUGUUAUAAUCUACAAGAAACGUUGUCACUGAUUAAUUCCUGUUGAUUCCAGUUAAGGGAGUGUGUUCCAAGUUAGCUGCCCUCUUCAGAUGAUAUUGUCUUCAGAGCCACAUCUUAAACCUUUGUGUAAUCAGAUUUCCGACUUGUGCCUUCCUGAAAGAACACUACUACCUAGCCUAAAUCUGGGAAAGGAACAGGCCGUGCCUUAUUUUGAUAUUUUUCUGAGUCCCUCUAAAAGAACCCACUACUGUUUAUAAGCAUUACUGGUGUUUUUGUUGAAUUUAAAAUAAGAUGCUGGUAAAGGACUUUUGCUCUUAUAUUAGAUAUGAAGAUGUUUAUCUUAUUAUUCUGUAUGACUUGCUAAAAAAUAGUAUUUUAGUCAGAAAUAAUAACCCCUUUAAAAGCACUGUUUCUACAGAACUAUGGCUAUGACCAAAGUUUCUAUUUUGCCAAAAAGUUAAAUCCCAGUAAAUGUCCUGUAAGUCUGUUCCUGACAGAUAAAUGCAGAAAAGUGCCAAAUGGAACUCAGGGUGCCCUUCAAAAUUAAAACUGUAAUAUUGUGCUGAAGCCUCUACGUCUUGGCAGGCCAUCCUUGCCUUUGAGAUGCUGUAGAUGAUGUGACUGCCCUUCCAAUUCAGCGUUUUCCCAGGAGCUGGAGGAGGUUUGUGCCAGAUUCUGUGCGUCUCAUACCAUAGAUAGGCAGUGUUAUCCAGCAGUUUGCAGAUUAUUGGCUGUGGACUCCAAGAAUUAUGUGAGAAACAACUCUGUAGCUUCAAGUAAGACCCUCUAUGCAUUUGAUCCCUAUCUGGCCCAAUCCUCUUAGACAGUUGCUUUUUGGAGUUUGUUUCCUAUUUUUACUCCAUAUUCCACUUCCCAAAUCAGUCUUCUAAAUUAUGCUUUCAAUUCAGCAUCGGUCGGGAGUGGAUGGUUUUUACAGAGGAUAGCUAACCAGAGACCCUGAUGUGAUAAACUGUUUGCACAGGGUGCUGCUGCUUGGUAAUAGCUGCUGCUAUUUGAGAGCCUUUGUUGUGUACCGUGAGACUUCCAACCUCAGGGCAUGCAGCUUAAAGACCGGAGUGCAGGUAUGAAGGAAAACAGGCAAGGGGGCACAAGGGAGCCACACAGAGGUUCACCACUCUGUGGCCUAUUGUUACUGGAAUGUUCUAAAAUUCUUAUUCAUAAGCUAUUAUGUGACUUAAAAGCAAGAACAGCUGAGGUGUCCCAGGACACUGCUUCCAUUUCUUUAAUACCUGUCCCCUAACAUCACUAAAAUGAUGUAAUGUUGAAGACUUGCCUUACAGUGAGAGCAGGGAGCAGCUGUCAGUGUUGGGACAUUAGCUGUCGUCAGCACAGGGUCUCUGGCCAGGUCUGACUCUGAACUGUGGUGCUCUCUCGGUGGCCUCAAUGUUGAGUCCCAUGUAACCCACUGGCUCCUGCGUUAACCUAGGAUACCUCGCUUGUACCUGUGCACUUAGCUGGGAACUUUCCCGUUAUAAUGGACUGAAUAAAGUGUUUAUAAACAUAAUUCUGCCUCCUGUGUUCCUUGUAGAGGGGUAGUUAGAAUAGCUGCCCCUGGACCAAGUCAUACAAAUGGUGUUCCUUGCUGCUUUCCCCACCUCUCCCUUAUAAACACCCAGAUUACACUGUCUCUUCUCCACUCUCACGAGUCCACUUCCCAGGUGCCAUUUCCUCCUAUCCUGUGUUGUAGGACAAAAUGUCUUCUCUUACUCAAGUGAGUAGAAAUAAACCACUCCCUGGUGAAAAGUGCUUUUCAGGCUACUAGAUGAGUGGGGAUUGGUUUCCACAUGAUUACCAAAAUUUCGAGGAUUUGACUAUUGAAUUACCUAGACAUAUGGUCUUUCAAAAGCGAUGUGCAGUCAGGCCUGUGGAUGGUAGACUAGAUAGCCGCCUGCCUGGGCUGUGGAUGGUGAAUGGCAGCUCCAAAAACAGGUCUCUCAUUUUGAUUCUGUCUUCUUUCCCCUUGAACAUACUUGCAUUCAAUCUGCCACCCCUAGGGAACAACCUGUCAUGGAUUGAAUUAUGUCCCCCCAAAAUGUGUGUACUCGUUUGCCUGGGCCAUGAUUCCCAGUAUUAUGUGGUUAUCCUUCAUUUUGUGAUUGUAAUUUUAUGUUAAAGAGGAUUAGGGUGGGAUUGUAACACCCUCACCAGGACACAUCCCUGAUCCAAUGUAAAGGGAGUUUCCCUGGGGUAUGGCCUGUACCACCUUUUGUCUCCCAAGAGAUAAAAGGAAAGGGAACUAGCAGAGAAUGGGGACCUCAAAUCACCAAGAAAGCAGCUGCAGGGAGCAGAGUGCAUUCUUUGGACCUGAAGUUCCUAUGCUGAGAUGCUCCCAGACCAAGGGAAGACUGGUGACAAGGACCUUCCUCCAGAGCCAACAGAGAAAGCCUCCCCCUGGAGCUGAAGCCCUGAAUUCGAACUUUUAGCCUACUGGACUUUGAGAGAAUAAAC